CACACGUAUGUACAAGUAUAAAAGAAACUCUGAAGAAUCAGUCUAGCAGUUUCAAAACUUUUAAGCGAGUAAGACUUUAUUCGAUCAUGGCAAAAUUUAAUGUUCUUGGUCUCGCUGGUAUCGGAGUUUCAGGGUUAGCACUUAUUUUUGGUAUAGUGUCGUUCUCGUCAAAGUACUGGGAGGAGGCGAAUUUAUCGAAUGUUAUUCUCAACAUUGGAUUAUGGGAAUACUGUUUGGAGACUAGUGGAAUAAAAAUAUGCACGGACGUUGAUACGGCUGAACUCGUAUCAGAUGAGGCGAUGGUGAAAGUAAACGCAUGUCGAGCAAUGAUGUUUCUCGGCAUAUUUGGAACCUUUGGCGCUAUUGUAUCAGGAGUCCUUGUCAUGUUUGUUAUGAAGAGUACAAAGAUACUGUACUUUGCAGCAGGUGGAGUCGAUAUAUUUUCGGGUGUUUGCUUCAUGAUUGCCAUGGCUGUUUAUGCUGGUGAAAUAAAAAAUGACGACUCGGAUCUUCACGCAGGUUUUGCACUGGCUGUAGUUGCCUGGAUAACAGCAUGGAUCGCCGGCGGGAUUUUUAUAGGAGCAAAAAUUAUGGAUAAAGAUUAAAUUUUAUAUGAAAAAGGAGAACUGUACACAAAUGUUGACAUUUAUAAAAAAUUCUAAAAUUGUUUUGAAAAAUAUAUAUCUAUGCGGAAAAAUAAUUAUCGGUUAAGAUUAGUGCACACAGAAAAAGUAGUUCUUUUGAGCUCUAAGAGAAUAUAUCCUGUACGUAAUAAGGAGCAAAAAGUAAUGAAUAAAGUUGGAAACAACAUGAGAAAAAUAGAAAGUAGUAUUAUGAUCAAAAGUUUGUU